AUGUCGACGGGAAAGAAAAGAAGUGGCAAAGCCGAACCGACGGCUGAAGAUCUAUCCACGAUCGAAUUCGAGACUUCUGAAGACGUAAAUGUCGUGCCAACUUUCGAUCAAAUGGCGCUAAGGUGAGUUGGAAAAAAAGUUUGCCAACUUAUGAAUAUUCUGUUUGUUUGUAGAGAAGAGCUUCUGCGGGGAAUUUAUUCGUAUGGUUUCGAGAAACCUUCGGCUAUUCAACAGCGUGCUAUCGUGCCUAUUUUGAAAGGCCGUGAUGUUAUUGCUCAAGCUCAGUCUGGUAGGUUUUCCGCAACCGUUUUUUCUUGAUCUUCUUGUUAUAGGUACCGGUAAGACGGCAACCUUCUCUAUUUCUGUCCUCCAGGCGUUGGACACUCAGGUCCGUGAGACACAAGCUCUCAUUUUGUCACCAACAAGAGAAUUGGCGACUCAAAUUCAGAAGGUAAUCUAUCUCAAUCAUUUCCCUUUUAAAAAGAUCCUCUAAGGUUGUUCUUGCGCUUGGCGAUUACAUGAAUGUGCAGUGUCAUGCCUGCAUCGGAGGAACGAAUCUAGGAGAGGACAUCCGUAAACUGGACUAUGGACAGCACGUGGUGAGAAUUAAUUGGUUCACUAUGAAAACAAAACUAGAACCACCGUAGUUCAGAACUAUCAAAGUUAGAACCUAUUACCUUUAAAUUUCAAUGCUUAGUCUCGGAUUCUAUUUUGAAGUAAAAACGAAAAAAACAUAAGCUCUGACCUUUCAAUCAUUUGAAUCAAUGCAAUUUUUUUUUCCAGGUUUCUGGGACCCCAGGACGUGUGUUCGACAUGAUUCGCCGCAGAAAUCUCCGAACACGUUCUAUAAAAAUGCUUGUUCUUGAUGAAGCUGAUGAAAUGCUGAACAAGGGAUUCAAAGAACAGUUGUACGACAUCUACAGAUAUCUGCCGCCUGGUGCCCAGGUUUGGGAAAAAUUUCACUAAAUCUAAUCACUAAUUUCGAAUACAGGUUGUUCUCCUAUCGGCCACACUUCCUCAUGAAAUCCUGGAGAUGACGAGCAAGUUCAUGACAGAUCCUAUUCGUAUUCUCGUAAAACGUGAUGAGCUGACUUUGGAAGGAAUUAAACAAGUGGGUUAAAAAAUUUUUUUUCACGGGACUUUUCACUACGACAACUUUUCGAGGACUUCUAGAAAACGAAUAUUGUUUUAUAAAUGGGAAAUUUAAAAAAAUCAUCUUUCAAAGACCUUUCAAAAAACAAGCUUUGAAUGUUUUUUUAUUACUGUGAGGCUGCGUGUGGAGAAACUUACUCGUAAAAAAAAUUUCUUCUUGUUAAAUACUUUUUUUAAAUAAUUGUCUUGUUUCCUAAUUUUUUUCUUUCGUUUUUUUACAAUGUUUUUCGUUGCAGUUCUUUGUCGCUGUGGAUCGGGAAGAAUGGAAGUUUGACACGCUCGUCGAUCUCUAUGACACGCUCACCAUCACACAAGCAGUUCUUUUCUGCAAUACUCGCAGAAAGGUUUGAUAUCAGAUUUAUUUCGUUUUUUCUCAUCGGUUAAAUAUUUUCUUCGAUUUCCGUCUUUUUUCUGACCUUUUGUAGUGCUCGAAAAAAAUAAUUUAUAUUUAAUUAAGGAAUUUUUUCAAUUUUUUUGAAUAUUCAUUUGAAACCAAUUUGCUUGAAGGUUGAUUGGCUCGCUGACAAACUCAAGGAAGCGAACUUCACAGUUUCUUCGAUGCACGGAGACAUGGAACAAAAGGAGCGUGACCAAAUCAUGAAAGAUUUCCGCGCCGGUACCAGUCGCGUUCUCAUUUCCACAGAUGUGUGGGCUCGUGGUCUCGACGUCCCGCAAGUUUCCCUGGUUGGUUUCUUUAUUUUUUCUGUGAACUCAUUCUCAAACGACAGGUUAUCAAUUACGACCUUCCUAACAAUCGUGAGCUCUACAUCCAUCGCAUCGGUCGGUCUGGCCGUUAUGGACGCAAGGUAAUCCUUUCUCAUUUAUAGAUUCUUUUUCUUCUUCUCAUUGGCUGAUGUUUCAGUCCAUUUAACGUGCUGGCCAUCAAAGUUUUCAGUUUUCUUACUUCUAGGUUCUUUUUUUUUCGUUAGGGACUUUUUCGCCGUCUUACAAAAAACCGAAUGAAGUAAAAACAGCACUUUUCGGAGGUUGUCAAUGUGCCGCCAGUUAUUCUUAGUGCAAGUAGAUUUAUUGGGAUUAAAAUCUUAAAAAAUGAGAAUUAUUUUACCUGAGUGAUCGCCAUUUUUUACUCCAUAAAUGGGAAGUGACUACUGUUUUUUUUUUCUGAGAGAUUUUUCAUGCCUCUCGGGAAAUUAUAUCAAACAUAAACUGCUGAGCCCGUAAAUGAUAAAUUAAUAUGCAAAGGUCAAAUUUUUUUACGAUUUAUGUAGAAAUUCUAUUAUUUUCUCUUGUUUGACUCUAGUUACCAUCGAAGGCAGGAAAGCUCAUUUUCUUUAAUAUUUUUUUCGGGUUGAAUGUUGUGUUUUUUUUAAUGUAGCCUGUACGCUUAGAAAAUUUGGACCGUUGCAAGUCAAUUUAGUUCUUAAAUGGAAACAAUGCGUUGAAAAAAUAAAUUUACGUUAGCUCUCAAUCCGACAUUUUUUGGUCAAGUCCAAUCUCUAUGCUGUCGAGUAACGGCUAACUUAUGUACAGUACCGUCGGUAAAGAUACGAAAAAAUGUAGCUCCGGUCACAACUUUCUUGUAAGGAAUUCAAUCUUUCAGAAACUUUCAGGAGUUGUGAUGACUGUUAUUUUUAACAUUGAGGAAUUUUUAGUUCACGGAAAAAAGCGCAGCUUUAGAAACGUUCAGAAAAUUAAGUUCUUUCCAAGAAAGUUGUGAUCAAAUUCGUGUUUUUUCGUAUCUUUUCUGGCAGUACUGUAGUUUGGAAAUUUGAUGGUCGCUACAAUAUAAAUAUAUAAGAAAAAUUUUUUUACAAAGACAAAUAUAUACCGUGCAGUAUCUCGUAAUACUUUUUUUUUUGUUGAACUAUACGAGAUUUUUUCUUGUUAAGGGUGUCGCCGUUAACUUCGUGAAGCAAGAUGAUGUGCGCAUUCUUCGAGAUAUCGAACAGUACUACUCAACUCAGAUCGACGAAAUGCCCAUGAACAUUGCUGAUAUGAUCUGA